UUUCGAUUUCUUAUCAGCGUCCGUUCAGCCAGUCAUUGGCGUUUGGACAGUCUUUUCAGGGCCUACUGAGAGCACCUGGUGCCUUGACUUUUCUGCACUUCGCCUGGAAUUAUGUGCUCCUAUGUCUUGCUGUGAACUAGAACCGAGUAUUGACCAAAUCGAGUUGAGUUCGGCAGCACGUGGGGCCAGAGUUCGUGGUUGGUUGUCUCGUACAGUUGCUGCAAAUAAUAAUUUGGUUUCAAUGAUAAUCAAUUUUUAGUUGAUGACUAUGCUUGGCUGAAGGCAGCUUAUUCACUGAUUGCCACACUCAGUAACCUCUUUCCAAUGAAAUCCCUCUUCCCACUGGCCGCAUCUGCACGGUCUCAGUCAUCCGCUGCCAAUGCCUCAAAUGGUAGAACACGAAGAGGCCAUGUACGAGGCGUUCUCCUCGACUGGUGGUGAUGACGCUUGGCAGCUGGAGGAUAGCUGGAAGCAUCUAGGAACUCUGAUCAAGAGAGGCGUAAUCAGUGAGGAUCCUGCUGGCCAGCUGGAGCUUGAGCGUAUCCUGGCCUAUGUGACCGCGCAGUAUCCGCCCAAGUUACACGAGUGCCUUGGCUACUGUCUCUCGGAGCAGCGCAAGGAUGAGCUGCUGACGAUCUUCGAGAACACGACUGGUAUCAUCAAGUCGUGCCACACCAAUGCGGCUGUGCUGAAGCCAUGCCUGCAGAUUCUCAUUCACCUGGCAUACCCACCACAGCAGCCCUGCACGGCGCUGUUGGAUGGGGUUGUUAACCAGCUCAUCUCCACCAAGAAGAACAUCACGCGCCUGCUGCGCGCUGUCCCUGCUAACCUGGAGAACGAGCCGGUCGUGCAUGACGUGUUGCGGCUGAUUAUGCGCAUACACCAGUGCAACGCUCGCUCCCUCUGGUCACUGGAGCUAUCCAGCGUUUAUCAACUGCCGGAGAAAUGGAAGGGCCCGACGGCUACUGACAUCGCAUCAGCUAGCGGCAAUACAAUGCUCCAUUCUCCGCCGGACUGUGAUGCGGUUUCGGACACGCCUGAUGCCACCAGUUUGAUGGAUCCGCCGGCGUCCAAACGCAAACACCAGCCCGACUACUAUAGAUGUGAAGUCUAUUCACUGUCAUAUACGUGUUUGUCUGUCUUGAAGCACCUGGAGCAGUCUAUCGACGUAGUGUCGCUGGUUUGCCAGGUCAUCCAGGCGUUGUGCAGUCGUUCUCAGAGUCUCUACACCAAGAUACUGGCUCACAAAAAGGACAUUGGUCUUAUUGAGCAGCUGCUGCUGAUAUUUGCACAAUACAUUGAUGUAUAUGAUGUGAGUGCUGACGAGAGUGUUGCCAAGCUGCUGGACUCUCUCAUCCAGACUUUCAUGAAGCUCAUCAUGGUGUGUAAGUUCUUUCAUACGGACAUGAAGGAGCUGCAGGAAGAAGUCUCUCUACUUCUGAUGAAAACCUUGCAGGCCGCCAUUAAACAUCGGAAGAACUCAUCGACGCCAUGCUUGCCAAAGGACUACACUCUUUUGUCCACUGUUUUCCGCUACUGUUUGCAUCUACACUUCAAGCCGACGUUGAAAAAUUGCGAUGUCAUCGCCUGCUCUGUGCAAAUUCUCAAGGAGUGCCGCCUGCAUCUCAAGGCCUACCUGCCGUCUGCGCUGCGCUUUGCCUUUGGCGUGGGCUCAGCUCUCUCACAAGCCGACUGGGUGAAGACGUUCCGGACAAAGAAGGAGCAUGGACUCCACACGGUGGUGCUCGAGUGCCUGGAGGGCGGUCACGUGCAAGAUGACAACGUGCUCAAGGAAUCCAUGCGCCUUCUCCGCUCGCUCGUGGCUGACCCACAGUGGAAUGAGGAACUGUUCAGUCACGGCAUCUUGGAGUGCCUGCUGGCUCUGUCCACGCGUCUAUGUCACGGCGAUACGUACGCCACCAUCAUGCUGGAUUUGGUGCGCGUCGGCUUUCAGCUGACCUGCUGCAGUCUGGAGCAACGACGCGUCUUCAUCAACAAGAAGUACCUGGACGUGCUGAAGGCCGCCCUGGUUAAUCACGGCACCAACUGGCCCAUUGUGCGCUGUGCUCUUGGCUCUUUGUCAAUGCUGUUUCGUGUCAAGGAGGUAGUGGCCGAGUCCUACCGACUCGGCUUUCCUAAGCUCUUGCUCGAGACACUGCACGCGCACAAUGGCGUCGAAUCUAAGCAGCGCUACCUUCACAACGUCAUCACUCACAUGGCAUGUUUUGCCGUACCGGUGCAGACAACAACGGCCCUGGACAACCUGCCCGAUGAGGAGAGUGUGUCACCGUGCGGUUCUGGCAAUAUUCACCAGACACCACCAGUGUGUUCACAGCUGCCGGGCUGUGUUGUCUCGGACGGAACGUCAUCGGCCGCUCAGCAUGUUGCGCUUAAUGAUGUCGACCGCGACAAAUGCUCACCGCCUGCUCCCGUUGCGAUGACCCCGCCUGCUCAUACAUCAGCGCAGCUGACCGCGUCACCACCCGAGCUAGUUGUGGAGCGUCUGCACGGGAUGGCCAGCCAUGGCUGCUCAACCUGUGCUGGAGCCACUGCCAACUCACUGGAGCUGAUUCUCACGGCGCAGCCUAUCUCCGUCGAGAUGUACGAGGAGCUUACCAUGCGCGGCUGGUUUCGACGCGGCUCGGUACCGCUCAGUCACUAUCGUCACAUUCACCAUCCCGACUGUGGUGAUUAUGAAACGUGCACUGACGUCGAGCGUUUCGAUCCAAGCACAUCGUCCACCUACAAGCGCGUGUUGAAACGUGCCAGGAAGGCUGGUAUCACCGUUGAGACCGUUCGACCGCACAUGGACCCGGCAUCAUUUGAACUCUACAAUCGCUACCAGCUGACCAAGCACGGCAAGCUGCUCAAGGCGUCCGAUGGCUACUGUAAUCACAUCGUCGACACACCACUGCUGCCUGUAACUCGGAACGGCGUGCCGUAUGGUACCGUGCAUCAGCUGUAUCGUAUGGAUGGGCGCUUGAUCGGUGUCGGUGUGCUAGACGUGCUACCGCACUGCCUCAUCAGCGUCUACAUGUUCUAUGACGUUGGCUGCCGCGACGUGGCCAAGCUCUCUCUCGGCGUGUAUGCCGUGCUGCAAGAAAUUGAGUAUGCCAAGCGUCUGAAUCGAGAGUGUGGCGCGCAAGUUCACCACUACAUGCUCGGCGGCUUCUGCCCACUGAACAAGAAAGUGUCGUACAAGGCCAACUACCCACCGGUACGGUUCUGUGCACCCUGGGCUAGCUCACUGUGGAUGGAUGACCUGAGGAUGGCACGCCUGCUCUCUGGCCUCAGCGCCCUGCGACAGAGCGUUCGCUCGUCCCGUUUCGCUGCCGUGAUGACCUUCCUGGCCGUGCACAAGAUCUUUCCGCAGGCCACGGCAGUGCUGCGCUGGCUGCGCCUGUCACGUCAUCGCCUGUGCGAUAUCUUUCACCUGGCACAGCCGUACAAUGUGCGCUAUGCAUUGAAAACAAUGGAGGAUGCCCGGCAGCAGCAGCACGAGGACGCGGAUAGCGAGGAGCAUGUUGCUGAAUUAUCAACAUCUGACCAGGGCCCGCUUGAUCCUGUUGAACUGCUUCUCGCCAUGACUGCCAAGACAGACCGGCGAUCAAGUUCUGGGAAUUCUGCCGGCGCUAUGGAUGAAGCGGAUACUGACAAUAGCGUAAGCCAGUCAGCCGAGCUCGAAGGUCCUUUACAAGACCUUUGUGAGUAUUUGCAGCAGCAUUCGGCUUACAAGGCAUUCCCUGUGUCCGGCGAGCUGCGAGAGAAGCUGAUCAACCUGCUUAUCACUGAUCCGUGCUUCCAACACCGAGACACAGGCGGCGAGAAGCCAACGUUUGGCAUGCUCCUAGAAGCCGUGUUUGAAUGUGAUCUCGAUGAGACGAUAGACAGCCAGCUGUACUUCAAGUCCUGCGGUGUUCUCGUGCGCGAUGUUCUGGAGCAGCUCAACACCUGCUGCAGCACUGCCUUGGCUGGGGAAGUGCUGAAAGACAUGGCUACGCUGCUGAUCUGUUCCGAGCGGAGCGUCAGUGAUGUGGAUCCGGAUUACGCUCGGACCGUGUCGGUCGAAGAGGCAUAUCAUGGCCUGAGCGCUUCAACCGAGCUAGAUCUGACGUGCCUCUACCGCGGCCUUGUCGAGCACCAGCAGGUGGCAGGCGAUGCCGACGACAUUACCAUCCGCUUGCGCCGUCCGUCUGGCUCUGGGCACACGGAGGAAACUCGCAUGUCUAAUGUGUGGUACGAGGCUGGCGACGAGUGGUGGGUGACUUGCCAUGAGCUGCUGCAUCAGAAUGUCCAAUCCUUAGCCAGUGCGCUGGGUCCGGACUUGGCACGGCGCACCACCGUAACUAUCUCCCAAAUCCAGUGAGACGACCAUGCUUCUUCUUUUCUUUCUUUUUUACCAUCCCCGAACACCCUCUUGAGAAUGAUGAGCUAAUAGUUGCACCACUUUCUGUGCUGAUCAUCGAAGUGCUAACCCUGCCAGCUAGGUGCUGGUCUUAGUCGGCACAUAUGAUGACUACGCCAAGCGCCACUAGCCCGGGUUUUUUUUCUUAAUCUCACCCUUCUCCACUUUCCACGACAUUUAUCACAACCCUAGCACGCUCAAAACUACUGCACCACGUUCUUAUCCGCUGGUGCUUGACCUCCAUGUUGCCGUGUACGGUGACCACGGUGACUGAUCCCGGAUUAGCAUUGACCGUGGGCUUUUUUCCCGGCACCCAGUGCCUUCACGUUUUUUAGGUUUUUUUAGUCAAUGUCCAUUUCGGUCCGUCGCUCUCUUUUCUGCUGAUUUUCACCUCACAACCCGGUGCACGUGUUGUAUUUGUUCAUCGGGACUUUCGUCUUGUUUGUUUUCUGUCGUUGUAUUGUGUUAGUGCUAGUAGUCAUGCAUCCAUAUGCAGUCGCUCUCACCUCACCUGCAUCUUCAUGCUCUUUUUUAUUAUUUCUUUUUCCUUUUUUCUUUCUUUUUAACUACUGCCGAUUCCUAUUUUGAAUCUUGCUUUUUAUUUUUUUAUUCUGCCUUGAUCUAGUUUUUUAGCCUUAUAGGUUAGCAGACCAGUGAGGUUGUAGAGUUGUUAUCUUAUUCCAGAGUCAUGCAUCUGUUAUUUCUGGUCAUUUCUCUCUUUAGUUCUAACCCAGCGUUCCCGCCUUGUUCACGAUGCUCUCCCCAGUAUCCCGCCUCCACCUGUCAUAUCACAAUGGAUCAAUACCCAUGUGAAGUCUGUGAAUCACCACGUGCCAUCAAACCUCG